GUUCACAAUGUACGAUUGUGUUAUAACGAACCUAAUGUGAUAUUAUACCGAAUUUCAAGUUUGAAUACGUACGAUCCAAGGCAGACGGCAGUUGAAUAAUAAUUGCCAGUUGUUUUAAUGACAUUGGCGCAGGUCAAGCCGGUAAUCGCCAUAAAUAUCUUCUUAUCGUCGCACCUUGCAAGAGUCCUGUUCAAAAUGAGUGCUAUGAAUUUGUCGAUGGAUCGCAAAACCGAACCUACAGCUGUUAAAGAAGACCUAGCCAAAAAGUGUGCGGGUUACGAAGCAGUCGACAAAUAUGUUAAAACAGGCAUGGCUUUAGGCGUUGGUAGCGGCUCUACGAUUGUGUACAGCAUACAACGACUAGCGCAAAGAGUAAGAGAAGAAAAAUUAUCAGUCGUCUGUGUGCCGACAUCCUAUCAAGCUCGACAAUUGAUCCACGAUCAUGGUUUGACGUUAGGAGAUUUAGAUACACAUCCGAAAUUGGACUGCACAAUUGACGGUGCAGAUGAGAUACAAGUCGGUACUUUGACCUGUAUCAAAGGCGGAGGAGGAUGUCUGACGCAAGAGAAAAUCGUGGCUUCUUGUUCUAACAAGCUUAUUAUUGUAGUUGAUGGAUCUAAAGAGGCCAAUCAGUUGGGACAAAAGUGGAAAAAAGGCAUACCCAUUGAGGUAAUCCCUAUGGCGUACAAACCGAUUAAAAUUAAAAUUGAAGAAAAAUAUGGAGGAAAAGCAGUUUUAAGAGCAUCUGCUCAUAAAGCAGGACCCCUCGUUUCUGAUAACGGCAAUUUCAUAUUGGAUUGGAUAUUUCCUGAAGACCGACUUUGCUGGGCUUCAGUUCAUAGUUAUAUUAAAUUGAUUCCAGGAGUUAUUGAAACUGGAUUGUUUAUCGACAUGACAGAUGAAUGUCUAGUAGGAGACGUUCAAGGUAAUGUUAGAGUUCUAAAAAAGACUGAACAGAGCAUUGAGCUUUAAUUAUAAUAUUUUGUUCUACAAUGUACUUAGCUAAUUGAACUUGUUUUAUUUGUUCUCUGCCAUUUUUUUUCUGAUAAUUUAAGGUAAUAACAAUUAUGUUUUUUUUUUUUUUUAUAUUGCUUACAUAAUAUAAUAAUAAUUGUAAGAACAUUAUGUAAAGUUAAAUUUUUUUUUGCUAUUUCUAAAGAAAAAUCAACAAUGACAACCAUGUGCAGUGCUAGGAGUACAUUAAUAAUUUACACAGUGUAUUUAAUAAAGUACAACUAUUUUAUGAUAUUAUAAUUAUUAAUGUACACUUUUAAAUAAGGUUAUCACCGUUUUUAUGUUUUAGAAUAUUAAAACUUAUGUAUCAAAACAACUUUUAAAAUUAUUUUUAC